AUGCCCCACUAUCCUAUCGAAGCCCUUGGCCCCACUGAUGCGCAACUCGUUCAAUUGGAUCGUCAGCGCGAUCAAAGCAGCCCGUGUGAGCAUCGGUCGUACAGUAGUGCCUUCUCGACAAACAUCCCGGGCUCGAUGCGGGCUCGAUGUAUGGCUACGAAGAGGGUGCAGGGGGAGGAAGAACGGGGUCGUGCUCGUCGUCAGUCGUUGCGUCGAUGGCGACGACAACAAGGCGAGAAGGCGACGGCCUGA